AUGCGAUCAUGGUCAGACUCAGAAAACCAGAACUCUAACCGCCAGGCUUUACUGGCAUACUUUAUUAUUGACAUUGUUCAUGUUUUAGGGUCGCAAGUAAUAUUGAACAAGGAAAACAUAACGGUUUAUCAGCUUGCCGGAUUUCGUCUACGAUUUCGUCCAAAUUAUUCUGAUCCCACACUUAGAGCGUUAGCGUCCAAUGAUUACACUUGGACAGUCGAUGACUUGGGAAAAGUUUCUACUUACAAGUGGCCAGGAUCUGCACCAACUCCGGAAAUGUUUUCCGCAUACUACAGAACUCUCGUGACACCUCUUGUAAUUACAAAAUUUCAUCAUUCGCUUAUCCGGUAUACAAUUCGACGAAGUAAUUCUGGAAAGUAUUUUUCGGAAACGGCAAUUCUACGUGUUGGUGCUAGACCAACCAUAUCACGACAAUCCGACAUCUUGUCGGGUACACCGGGAUCUACUGUCGAGGCUUGUUUCAAUGUCACUGGAAGUCCCAAGCCUUCACUCAUAAUAGGAAAAAGAGACAAUAGCAACGACACCGUGUCUUCUAGUAGCACACAAAGCGGCUGCAUUAAAAUUGGACCUAUAAAACUUAGCAACGCCGGAAAUGUUACCAUAACAGCAAAAAACUGUUUUGGCAAAUCAAAAAUCACAAUUGCCAUUACAAUUGUCCAAAGCACAUCAACUACUGAGAUACUAAAAACAAGUAGCACAACGCAAUUUGUCUCAAAGGGUAGUACUAUCACCUCGUCAUCUGUGCAAGACAGACGUGUGCUAGUUGAUUCUCGUGCUACUCCUUUCUCUAACCCCGUAACGACUCAAAGUACUUCAACGACACAAAGUCGUGCAACGACAACAAGUAGUAAGACGACACAAACUGGUGCAAAGCAACGAUCCAAUGUGACGUCAUCAGAUCCAUCUCCUAGUCCAACCACAAUUUACUGUUCAAGAAAUAUCACUCAGUAUGAAGCACAUACAACGCAACUUUCAACUACCAAUAAUAUACAAGCACAACAAAUACAGAAUUAUCCAACUGAUGUUUUUGGUUUAGCAGCGAACACAUUCAUUUUGAGUUACAAUGGAAGAGCUGUGGCGUCGAGCGAAUCGAAAAUAGCGGUGUCUGUUAAUUCCACACUAACAAUGCAAUACACUGUGACUAAUCUACACGAUAAGCUACACUUGUGUCACAAUGAGAAAGCAACGGAUCGUGUGUUUGAUCUCUAUCCAUUUUUAAUCAUACCAAAUGUACAACAAUCAGACAGUGGGAUAUACGAAAUCAUUGCAAGAGAUAGAGAUGUAAAUACAAGAUUGUAUUUUACGCUUCAAGUAAAGACAUCACCUUCAACAGCGGACACAUCAGCUACACCACCAAGUCAAAGCGUGCUUGAACUACGUGACACGUCGGAAAAAAUUGAAGUGUUGACUACAGCACUCAUUGUCGUCUCGGUCUGUAUUUUUGUGUUUGCUCUACCAACUACCUUUCUUGUUUACAAAUAUCGUCAACUCUUGAAUUUGUUAACUCGCAGGCUAGCCAACUCUAGUGAAGAAGAAACUGGAGAACAGAGAAGUCCCACAUAUUCAAACGUUGAAGAUGUAAAGCAGACAGCGAUCUUUAUUAAAACCGAGGAAGCAGUGAGUCUAGUAAAUCCGACGGCAAAUCCGACGGCUACAUGUGGAGACGCUGUCUACGAAUCUGUCGAAGAGAAUCAAGAAAGACAAGUCACAGUAGAAUCAUCUCAGGAUAUAGCAUCGGAUAUUGCUGUUCAAGACAAUGCAGCUUACGGAGCAACAGUUUAAUCAGCGUUUUCAUGUACUGCAUUGUGUUACUGUUUGCUAUUCAGUUGACUUUGACGCAUGUAUGGCAAACAUCCGAGUAACCGUCAAGUAGCUACUAAUCUUUUUUCAACGUAUCUUUGUGUUCGUAGCGUAGUAUAGGAUGAGUCUAUGCAUUUUGCAGAGAGAAGUCUAAAGUUGUAAGGCUAACUAAUGGCUUGUAGUGUAUCAAUUUGAGUUGUAUCCUCAAAUUCAUGCGCGCGU